AUGAGUGUCACUGUUAAACGAAGUCUCGUCCCCGGACGACGUAUUCUUGACGAAGAGCACGCAUGCGCCAUGGCAGGAUAUUUUAUCCAUAAUUCUUAUAUGGAUGAUAAGACAAUUGUUGAGGCCGAGGUAACUGUUGAUUUGAUGGAUGACACUAUGGAACGACGUUUGCGAAAAGAAGGCAAAAGUGAUUGGGAAAUCACGGAGAUUCGAAAAAGGCAAAACGAUGAGAGACGUGCUAAGGUUUGUUUCUAGAAGCAGUGUUCAAGAUUUAAAAAAACUUUUUUUUCAGGCUGAUGCCAAUCUUCAAAAGCAGGCGGGAGGCACUGACACGUUUUCCGACUUAUUGAAAGUAUACAACUAUCGUGCACGACCCGAUGAGAACAUCGAGGAAAGCGACGAAGAGAUUGCCACAAGUUCUGCUGCUGCUAUUCCCAAACUCCCUGCCGACCAGAAACGUGGUGACCAAAUUCUCAGCUCAACGCCAAAAAAUCCAAAUCAAACUUUGCGAAGCUUACGAGCUCUCGAUAUAUCGCGAGUUGAGAAUUCGGUAAAAAAUAUUUUUUUAACAGAAAAAAAACGCAAGAAUUUAUUUAUUUGCAGGAAGCAUCUUUCAACAAUUCCGGCUUCAAACAACCGAUUCUGCGAGCUUCCAAGAAAUUAUUCGGUGAUGAAAAUGACAAAAGUGCCGCGAGUUUACAAGGAACAUUCACCAAAUCUCAAAGCCUUCAAGGAACUUUCACCAAGAACAACAAAAGCGGCGCGAGUUUGCAAGGAACUUUUACGAAAUCUUCGAAUACGGCUAGUCUUCAAGGAACAUUCACAAAAGAGCCUUCUUCGCAAAGCCUACAAGGAACUUUUACCAAAGAAAAUUCUUCUGAAAGUCUACAAGGAACAUUCACAAAAGCUGCUGAUAAUGAAGAAGACAAUGAUGGAACAUUUGUUGUGAAACCGGCUGAAACUUCCAGAAAUACAUCAAAAACAAAAUUGGCAGAUCGAGAAAAACGGGUAUGUUUCAUGAUGAAACACAAAUUCGGAUUUUCUAUUGAAACUUCCCUGUGAAUUUCAUUUUUUGUUUUCCAGAACAUUUCACUUGCCAGCUCAUUGCUCGAAUCCAGUAUGCUGAAUGUUGCCGAUUCGCCAGGAGCGAAAUUAUUCGUAUCGCGCCCCAAAAAGCUUCGACCAUCCACCGACAAGAGUCAGACAAUUCAAAUGGAAUCGAUUCAUGAAGAUGAGAUUGCUGAACAAAGUGGCGCUACUUCAUAUGCAUCGGCGGUUACCGAACAAGAUUUGACGUCUGAUGUUUCGACACGCAAAAGCGUCAAUAUUCUCGAAAAAGUUAGAGAUGUUCCGAAAAUCCCACAACUUCGAUUGGACACGAAAACACCGACACGCAAUUAUUUGAAACCAACAAUUGCGUCAACUCAAAAAUCGGUUCAUCACAAAACUCCUGUUUCAAAUCAAAUUCCUGUCAAUGUUUCGACGCCAAUCAAUAAUAGUUUUGAACAACGAAAUACAAGUAUUCAUGAUAGAUUGAGCAGACAAUUUGAAGAGGUUGCAGAUGAAGAGGAAGAAAGUGUUGGGGCAACAGCAGGUUUGAUUGGAUUUGGGUUUGAAAGUAGAUCACAUCUAAAAUCUUACAGUCAUUACUCAAGGCGAGCCGGUCAAUGUUUCGCAAUUAUCAUCCACGUCAGAACAACGAGCUGCGUUGAAUUCGAUUGAACGAACUUUGGAUGUUUUGAAUCUUGGUGGAGCUGUUGGAAAUGUAUCCUAUAAUGAUGAUGAUGGGGGUGUUGAAGAAGAGGAGGAAGAAGAAGAACAAGGUCCUUCAAGAAGAAACACAUCGAAUCAGUUAUUAGGUAGGAAUAUUUUUGAUUUUGGAAGUUGCGUUAAAAACAGACCUAGGAAAUUUUUAUGUGGCACCGUAAAAUCCCGAAAAAUUCGAGAAAUUUUGUUGCUCAACUUUUUCACUGAAAACAUCGAAAAAAUUCUUUGAAAAUUAACUUACCGUAACUCCAACACAAUUUUAACAAUAUUAUUUUCCAAAGAAAAAAAUUAAUUAAUAAGGAUUCAAUCAAAAUUUAAUUAAUUAAUAAUUUAUUGGAGAUAAAAAAGAAAUUUAUUUAAAAAAUUUUAUUCAAAAAAUGUUGUGUUUUUUUGUUGAAGUUUCAAUUUGAUUCUGUCAAAAUUCACUAUAUUUAGUGGUUUUUUCAAACGAAUUAUUUUAGGGCUGAUUCACGAAAAGUCAAAAAAAUGUCGAAAAAACAUUGUAGGUCUCAAAAUUGGUUUUUCGAAUUUUUCAGUCAAAAAUGAUGACAAAUCGAGAUUUUUGAAGCUUCUGGAGCAAUUUCUGAUGAAAAUAAGCUUUGAGAACCCUAUUUUGCUUUAUUUUAUGAAUUUUUUCGAAAUUCAUAAAAAUUUAAAUUUUUUUAUUUUACGAAAAAUCAGAAAAACUUCUGCAAAGUGAAUUCCAAGGUUAAUUUUAAUCAGAAAUUACUCCAGAAGCUUAAAAAAACUCGAUUUGUCACCAUUUUUGGCUGAAAAACUCGAAAAACGUAAAAAUUCCCAGAUCUGGUUCAAACAAAAUCGAUUUUCAGAUGAAAGUUUGGCUACAGUCAACACUCCAGGAAUAUUUGUUCGAAAUCGAGGUCGCCGUUUCCAAAGAAACAACAUGGAUGCCACAAUCGAAGAUAAUACUUUUGAAGAAGAUCCUACACCAGGCUCAAAAGUGAUGGUUUUAGGUGGUCGAAGUUUGAGUGAGUUUAUGAAAAUAUUUAUUUGUUGGUUGAAAAAACCAUAUUACAGUCAAGCCACAAGCUGCUGACGCUGGACUUCGCCGUUCAAAUCGAACACGUGUCAAACCGCUUCGACCAUGGCUCGGCGAACAUGCUGUGUACGCGCAUUCUCCAUCUGGUGGCAAAAGAUUGGUGGGAAUCACCGAAGUUGAGGUCACUGAUCGCAAAAUGAUCAAAUACAAAUCGAUGGAUCCGAAAGUUAUUCUGGAAAGACAAUGUCAAGAAAGAGGUUAGAGAUUCAUUUUCAUUUCAAAUUUGUAUCAUAUGUUUUGCAGAAAAGAAGAAGGCGAGAGCGGCUGAAAGACGUCGGAAUCUUCAAGCGGAACAUCGUCGUGGAGUCAAUUUGGACACGACUCAAGAAGAUAUUGUAACUUCCGAUGAUGAUGAAUAA